AGUACUGAAAUCCACCAGGAAUAUGUUGUGGCUUCUGGCAAUGCUUUUCUGCAAUUGGCUUUUUAUUAGAACUGGUACUAGUAGUACUGCUUCUACAAGGCCAGAUUUUGUUAACAUUGGAGCUAUUUUGUCCUUCAAUUCUUCCAUCGGCAAAGUGGCAAAAGUUGCAUUAGAAACUGCAGUUGAAGAUGUGAAUUCCAAUCCAGCGGUUCUUAAUGGAAUUAAGCUGAGUCUUACGAUGCAGGAUACAAAACUAUCUACCGGGUUUCUGGGAAUCGUUGAGGCUUUGCGGUUUAUGGAGAAUGACACGGUCGCUAUAAUUGGCCCCCAGCACUCAGUUAUGGCUCAUGUAAUUUCCCAUAUUGCGAAUGAGCUCCAAGUCCCUCUAUUAUCCUUUGCCGCAACAGACCCCACUCUGAAUUCACUUCAGUUCCCUUACUUUGUUCGAACAACUCAAAGUGAUCUCUUCCAGAUGGCAGCAGUAGUAGAUAUUGUAGGCUACUACGAAUGGCGAGAUGUAAUAGCAAUCUAUGUUGAUGAUGAUCAUGGCAGGAAUGGGGUUGCUGCGUUGGGGGACAAGCUAGCUGAUAAUCGCUGUAAAAUCUCAUACAAAGCACCUCUGAACCCCAAACUAAGCCGGGAAGACAUCACCAAGACACUGGUUAAUGUGGCUUUGAUGGAGUCUCGGGUUAUUGUCCUCCAUAUUUAUGCUACUUGGGGUCUAGAGGUACUUGAUGCGGCAUGGGAUAUGGGGAUGAUGGGAAGUGGAUAUGUGUGGAUAGCUACUGAUUGGCUCUCUACGGUACUUGACACAGAGUCUUCCCUCCCUUCUGAAGCAAUGGACAGGAUGCAGGGGGUUCUUACGUUGCGUAUGCACACUCCGGAUUCAGAACUCAAAAGGAAAUUUGUGUCUAGAUGGAGCAACUUAACUGCUGCAAAGCCGGAUAAUGGUCUUUUUGGACUAAAUAGUUAUGGUCUUUAUGCCUACGACACUGUUAUGCUUCUUGCGCAGGCUCUUGACGCAUUCUUAAAUCAGAGGGAGAACAUUUCAUUUUCAAAUGAUCCGAGUUUAAGCGAGUUUCGUGGAGGGAACUUGCAUAUUGAUAAUAUGAGCAUCUUUGAUGAAGGGAAUCAUUUGCUUAAUAGCAUUUUGCAGGUUAACAUAACUGGAGUAACAGGCCAAAUCAAGUUCACAUCAAAUGGGAAUCUCAUGCAUCCUGCUUAUGAAGUCAUCAAUGUCGUUGGCAAAGGGAUGAGGACAAUCGGUUAUUGGUCCAAUUCUUCCGAUCGUUUAUCUGUUGUGCCUCCAGAAAAGCUAAACAUAAAAACUAAUUCCGAUCAUCUUUAUGGAGUAAUAUGGCCUGGACAGACAACUCAAAAGCCUCGUGGAUGGGUAUUCUCAAGCAACGGAAGGCAACUGCGAGUUGGAGUACCAAACCUUGUCAGUUUCCAUGAAUUUGUCUUCCGAGUCGGUAACUCAGACAUCUUUCAUGGGUAUUGCAUUGAUGUAUUCCUUGCUGCAGUUGAAUUAUUACCUUAUGCACUGUCUUACAAGUUUAUUCCAUUCGGAGAUGGGCAUAGCAAUCCAGUAAAGACGGAUCUUCUGUACAAGAUCACAACGGAUGACUUCGACGCUGUGGUUGGCGACAUUACAAUUACCACGAACCGGACAAAGAUAGUGGAUUUUACACAGCCAUAUGUGGAAUCUGGGCUAGUCGUAGUGGCCCCAGUUCAGAAGUUGAACUCUAGUGUUUGGGCUUUUCUGCGACCAUUUACAGUAAUGAUGUGGUGUGUCACAGGUAUAUUUUUCCUCGUUGUAGGAGCAGUUAUUUGGAUUCUGGAGCGCAGGUCAAAUGAUGUGUUCCAGGGCCAUCCUAGAAAACAAUUUGUCACCACUGUAUGGUUUAGCUUCUCAACAUUGUUUUUUGCUCAUAGAGAAAAGGUUGAAAGCACCCUUGGUCGCUUUGUGCUUAUCAUAUGGCUCUCUGCUGUUCUAAUACUGAAUUCGAGUUAUACUGCAAGUCUGACUUCAAUCCUUACAGUGGAAAAGCUUUUCCCCAUCAAAGGGAUUGAAAGUUUAAUUACAAGCAACGAUCCCAUUGGUUACCAGCAUGGUACGUUUGUUGAAAACUAUCUAACCGAAGAGUACAACAUACAAAAGAACAGACUUGUUUCUCUAAACUCUGAAGAAGAAUAUGAGAAAGCGUUGAAGGAUGGUCCCAAGAAUGGUGGAGUCGCUGCCAUUGUUGACAUGCGUGCAUACAUGGAGCUCUUCCUCUCCACCAGAUGCGAAUUUAGUAUAGUAGGUCAAGAGUUCACCAAACUGGGAUGGGGUUUUGCCUUUCCAAGAGAUUCGCCAUUAGCCGUUGACCUGUCAACUGCCAUCUUGAAACUGUCCGAGAAUGGGGACUUGCAAAAAAUUCAUGACAAGUGGCUUGCAGGAAAGGCUUGCAGCUCAGAAGGUACAAAGGAAGACGUGGACCGCCUUCCGCUUAAAAGCUUCUGGGGCCUCUUUUUACUUUGUGGCUCAGCUUUCUUGCUUGCUUUGCUUUUGUAUAUCAUUAAGUUGGUUAUCCAGUAUGUGGGGCUUUCUCGCCGGAGCUCGCCUACUGAUAAUAAUUCACGGCCCGUUCCUUCAUUUUUCAAAUUUAUGGUAGAAAAAGAAGAGGACGUUCAUGAUCAUCAUCAUGAUAUAGAAGAGGAAGGAAAAAGCGAAUCCAAGAGAAGGUACUGAUCAUAUUGAAAGAAUAUGAAGAGCGCAUGCAUGCAUGAAUUAAGUUUGAAUCUAUAAAUAAUGAAAGGUUUUAUAUAUAAGCUCAAUCUGUUAGUGUUGAUAACUUUUACACCGGCUAUAUAUGAAACCUAGUUAACGGUGCAAACCCAAAUUGAUAUGGGGUAUCUAGAUUUAGAUUUUACGUUGAUUGUGUUCAAGUACUACAUUAAUAAGAUGAAUUUGUACAAAUAUGAACGAGAAAACUUAAUUUCUUCCUUGGCUGAACUAGGACAAUAUUAGUUAUUUCCAUCAAA